AUGCGCCGUUCUCAGGGGUGCUUCUUCCGUGUCGCUGUGCUCGGUGCUGCCGGUGGCAUCGGCCAGCCCUUGUCGCUCCUCCUCAAAAAUAACAAGUACGUGAAGGAGCUGAAGCUGUACGAUGUCAAGGGUGGACCAGGCGUGGCUGCGGACCUCUCCCACAUCUGCGCUCCAGCGAAGGUGACUGGGUACACGAAGGAUGAGCUCUCAAGAGCUGUCGAGAACGCUGACGUUGUGGUGAUCCCCGCUGGCAUCCCCCGCAAACCGGGGAUGACGCGCGACGACCUCUUUAACACCAACGCCAGCAUUGUCCGAGAUCUCGCCAUCGCCGUUGGCACGCACGCACCGAAGGCAAUUGUUGGCAUUAUCACGAACCCCGUCAACAGCACUGUGCCAGUGGCUGCUGAGGCGCUGAAGAAGGUCGGCGUGUACGAUCCUGCGCGCCUCUUUGGUGUCACCACACUCGACGUUGUCCGUGCCCGCACCUUCGUCGCGGAGGCGCUCGGUGCCAGCCCGUACGACGUUGACGUCCCUGUUAUUGGCGGCCACAGCGGUGAGACGAUUGUGCCGUUGCUCUCGGGCUUCCCGUCGCUGUCGGAGGAGCAGGUGCGGCAGCUGACGCACCGCAUCCAGUUUGGUGGUGAUGAGGUGGUGAAGGCCAAGGAUGGUGCGGGCUCGGCGACGCUGUCCAUGGCGUUCGCAGGCAACGAGUGGACGACGGCGGUGCUGCGCGCCCUCAGUGGCGAGAAGGGUGUCGUGGUGUGCACGUACGUGCAGAGCACCGUGGAGCCGUCGUGCGCCUUCUUCAGCUCUCCGGUGUUGCUGGGCAACAGUGGUGUGGAAAAGAUCUACCCUGUGCCGAUGCUGAACGCAUACGAAGAGAAGCUGAUGGCCAAGUGCUUGGAGGGUCUGCAGAGCAACAUCACGAAGGGCAUCGCGUUCAGCAACAAGUAA